AUGAGAGACAACAUUGAGUGGCGGCACGGGGCAGCCAGCUUGCAAGUAAGCCUGCCAGUCAGCCAGCCAACCAACCAGCCGGGGAGACAGCCAGCCAGCAAGUCAGCCAGCUGGGGAGUCAGCCAGCCAGCAAGCCUGCCAGUCAGCAGCGCAGGUGGUCAGCCUGCCAGCCAUCAGGCAGCCUUCCAUCCAACCAGCCAGCGAACCAGGCAGCCAGCCUGCAAGUUGGCCUGCCAGUCAGCCAGCCAACCAACCAACCAGCCAGCCAGCCAGCCAGCAAGUCAGCCAGCUGGGGAGUCAGCCAGCCAGCAAGCCAGUCAGCAGCGCAGGUGGUCAGCCUGCCAGCCAUCAGGCAGCCUUCCAUCCAACCAGCCAGCGAACCAGGCAGCCAGCCUGCAAGUUGGCCUGCCAGUCAGCCAGCCAACCAACCAACCAACCAGCCAGCCAGCCAGCCAGCAAGUCAGCCAGCUGGGGAGUCAGCCAGCCAGCAAGCCUGCCAGUCAGCAGCGCAGGUGGUCAGCCUGCCAGCCAUCAGGCAGCCUUCCAUCCAACCAGCCAGCGAACCAGGCAGCCAGCCUGCAAGUUGGCCUGCCAGUCAGCCAGCCAACCAACCAGCUAGUCAGCCAGCAAGUCAGCAACCAGUCAGUUAGCCAGCCAACCAGCUGUCCAGCAAGCCCGUUAGCCAGCCGGCCAGCCUGCCGCCCAGCUUACCAGCCAACCAACCAAUCAGCCAGCUAUAUAGCCAGUCAGCUAGCCAGCAAGCAACCAAGCCAGCAGUUGAGAAAUCUGUGCCGAAGAGUGGGGGAUAGGGGAUGA